ACAGUUUGUACUGCGGCGAUAAAACUGCUGGCAGGCUUGUCCUUUGUCUUCAGUUAAAUUCUUGGCUAAAGUUAGCUUUUAUUAUGUGAGGAGAGAGAAGCAGGAAAUGGCAGUGAAUAAGCUCAAGCUGUUUGUAAGCAUGUGGUUUAUGCAGAGACGAUGGUAUAUCAUGCAGGAGUCUGAAAACUUGCCUUCAGAGCGGGACACCAGCAGAGCCCUGAUCGUGGGCUGCGGCUGCUUCCAUUCCUGCACUGCAACAUCUGCGUGCAGGAUCCAUGGGUUUUGGAACCCUUGUUGCGAUUGGAGUGAUCGUGUUUGCAGUGAUUGUCAUUACUAUAAUUCUGUGCCUCACUUGCUCGUGUUGCUGUCUGUACAAAGCAUGUCGAAGACCGCAGCCUACUGUGACCACCACGACCGCUACAACAGUGGUUCAUGCCCCGUACCCACAGCCGCAGGGAGUGCCACCCAGCUACCCCACAGCUCCGUACCAGGGAUACCAGCCCGUGGCCAUCCAGCCACAGCCGGGGAUGCCAGUCGCAUCCUACCCUGCUCAGUAUCCUCCCCCCUAUCCCAUGCAGCCACCGGGACCCCCAGCCUACCAUGAAACAGUGGCAGCUGGUGCUGGAGCACCGUACCCCAUCAGCCAGCCCCCAUACAACCCUGCGUACGUGGAUCCUCAGAAGCCCACCUACUGAACAGCUCUGCCACCAUGCACCGUGCAGCUGCACUAUGUUAUCCUGGAAGACAGCAAUCUUUUGUCUAAGUAAAGUGAACGUUACCUCCAUAUCUUCUUUGUUUUUAAGCGCUUUCAGUACUUCUGGCAGAAGUUGUUCAUUUAUACCUCAAGUAAAUACGAAGAGAGAUUGUGUUCAGAAGGCAGAAGGGGUGCUGCGGGAGUAAGAACCACAAUAACAUUUCUUGUGCAAUAAUUUUGAAGCGUGGUAGAAAGGAAUGGUCCUCUGUGAGCAAACACCCAAAGCUGUAGCGAUCUCUUGCACAGAAUCAUAAAAACAUAAUCUCUGAGAAGCUGUGUGACAAAUGUUGUGCUUGUUUUGAGGUUGCUAUAAUGAGGUCAGCUCCAACCUAAUACAUUUCAUCCAUCACUUGAAAGGGAACCUUUCUUGAAACACGUCUGCCUGUGGUGAGAGUAGCGAGCCGUGUUCGGUUGUGUUUGGACGAGUUGCGUUACUCUGUGCUGAGUAGCAUGAGUUGGUCACUUCCUUGUUUUAUUUCCCAAUUUUAAGGCUUACAAACUGCCUUUGUUGGGUGUUUUCUCAGGCUGUUUUAGUUUAUAGCUAGAAAUUGACAAUAGAACCAAACCUUCUGCCAUUGCUUAGAACAAACAGGUCAGAAGCUGAAAACCUGGGGGGUUCUUCAUUAAAAAAUAUUGGACAAAGACUCGGUUUGCUUAAUAGUCACACGUUGUUGAGUAUUUGGAGGGAAUAAAAUAGCGCCUUAGCCAUACAUUGAGCAGAAACGACUGUCGGCGGUGUUUUGCCACAGCGAGGGGAUUUAUUUUGGUUUUAUUUGGUUUAUUUGGAAACAAAUCAUGGUUUCUUUAGAGUCUUCUAUGGUGCCGUUUCUCUCUGCAUUGAAAUCUGUGUAGUUCCUUGGUGGAAUGCAGAGCAUGCUAUCCCUCUCUGUGAUGUAACGAGUGAAGUAAUUUGGACGUAUCUCGCACACUGGUUGUACUUGGAGCAGCCUUCAAACCACUUGUCCUGUGAUGUUACAUUUGAGGUGUAUUUCUGUUUGAAAAAUAGUGAACUUGAAUAACCAACAAUGUUGUUUUACCUCAUAGGAUGGUGGAAGCUGCUGCUGUCAAAGGCAGCCUUCUUUCUCUAACUGAUUUUUGGGUCUUUUUUCUAGGUUAUUCCAAUUAUUAUUAUUUUUUAAAGUCUUCAGGGCAUUUCAGGACAAACCUGUACAAAGUUUUUUAGUGUCAGUAUUCACAACAAGCCACGUCCCUCUGUUACAGCCUCCUGCUGCAGUUAAUAGUGGGAAGCGGUGCCAAGAGGCACUCGCAGAGCAGCCGUGCCUUAGAUCCUCGUGUUCCUCCUCUUUCCUGCCCUGCAAGCCAAAAAAUCAGGCAGUGCUUCCUUACACUGCUAAGAGUUCUGUGAGAACACCCAAAAAUGGGCAGUGAUUCCCAAAUGGAGGAUCUGGGAUAUUUGUGUAGGGGAGGGCACUACGUAACUGCAGAAGCAAUCCCUUUUCUGCAGAACAACUUGCCCACAUGUGUUUGUUCAUGCAGGACAGCAGAGACUCCAGCAGCUUGGUUGGUGGGUGUAUGGAUGGAUGGGGGGAGGUGGGAGGAGGUGAGGGAUAGGGUUAAGGAGCAUGAAAACUUACACCUUUCCUUCAGCGAACAUAUUCUGAUGAUAACAGUGUUCAAGUGAAGAGAAAAAGCAGUUCUGCACGUGUUAAUAAUUUAAUUGUAGUGUCACUGUUACAAAACUGGAUGUAAGAAGAGAAAAUGGCCUGCUUUCCCCGCUUCAGAACUGGAAGACUUAAUCAGGUUUUGUCUUAAUGUAUCAAUCAGUGUCAACCACGUGGUGUAGGACCAAAUUUUAUUACCGCGGUGCAAUCCAAUUAAACUUCUUUUCUUAUGGUUAAGCAGAUGUGGCAGUUAGAUAAAUGAUGGAGAAUCUGGCCCAUAGGUUGUCUUUCAGGCACUGCUCAUGCUUUAGUCCCAGUAACCAAUGUCUUCACACGCAACCAGUUACCCACCAUUCAAAUGGCAAUUCCCAUUUUAAACAUUGAGUCCAAUCCUUUUUUAAUGCUGUAAGUGCCUUUGUUUCAGAAAUGUUCUGUGGAAUUAAAUACAGUACCGUACUCUGUCAUGCGGAAUUUACUAGAGAACCUUGACUUUAUUACAUACUGUAAACUAGCUUUGUAUGUUGUUUGUAGUUUAAACGGAAGUCUUCAAAAGAAAUGGCAUAAACUCUUUGCACCUUUGUAAUAAAUGCAGUGUUUGAAAUAUAUUCUAUCAUUUUUGUUUUCUUA